AUGUUGUCCUGCCAAUCCUCUGCGUACAAGCACAUCCCCGAAUUGGGCUUCGGGCAGGCAGCUCUAAGCCGCGGCGCCAGGGACGCCGGCUAUCUCGAUAUCAGCACUACAGCCCUCCAACACGGCCCGUUCUCUUUAAUACGGGUAGAAAGGUUGGCUUGGGAAAGGCUCCUCGGCAAUGCCGAGCUGAUUCACAAGUGGCAAGAGGCUCUCGCGAUAAUGGCGCAACCAACCUUCGUACCAACUGCUCUGAAAGAGCUUUCCUUGCUUUCUGACGAAAUCUGGUUUCUUGCCGGUGACACGGCCGUGGACCCAACAUGGUAUACCAAGCGCGCCUCACUUGCUGCCAUUUAUGCCUCAAGUGAACUCUUUAUGACAACCGAUAAAUCACCCAACUUCGGAGAAACUCGGGCCUUCCUCCAGCGGCGUCUGGAAGAGGCUGCGAAUGCCGAUGGUUUCCUAGGAACCGUGGGUGAGUGGGUCGGCUUCACCGCGAAUGCUGGUGUCAAUGUCUUGAGGAGCAAGGGAGUGUGGAUCUGA